CGCCAAUAUGAUAUCCAGCAGGGCUGUUAUGGGCUUUGAGUGGUCCUUCAUGACCAUCGCGUACAUCACAGUCGCCUGCCGCAUUUAUGUCCGCCUGGUCAUGAGAAAAGCACGAUUGUUUUCAGCCGACUACUGGCUCAUUCUUGGCUUGUUGUCUUGCCAGGGAUUGCUGAUCUGUGACACUAUUACCUACUCCAUGGAUGCAAUGGAUGAUUUCACAAUAGAUAAUGUGGCUAUUAGAAAGAUCCGAUUCGCAACAAAUCAUUUCUUCGACACAGGCAUAUACUUUCCGAAAUUCAGCAUCAUCGCAUUCUAUUUCAACCUCGUGCCGAUUUCACAGCCAAAAAUGCGCAUUGCGCUCUAUUGUCUAGCUGGUCUCACUACCUCUUUCGCAGUCAUUACUUUCUUCUGUGAUUGGUUCUGGUGCGGGCCUGAUCCUUCGAUCAACUGGGCAAAAGGAGAGCAGGAAUGUACAUCCUUCACAUCCAUGACUCUUAUGCGGCUUCUGUGGUCUAUGAACUUUAUAUCCGAGCUGCUGAAUGUUGCAUAUCCGAUCCCACUACUGGCAACCCUCAAGAUGACUUCAACGCGUAAGAAGAUUGGACUAGCUGUUGUUUUCGGACUUGGUGUCAUUACGAUCGCCGUCAGCGUUGGUAGAUUUGUAACCAUGGUCUAUGUUGAUAAUGCCAUAUCUAUAUACAUUUGGGCAACUGCCGAGAUUUGCAUCUCUGUCAUAGUCGUUGCUCUCACGGCGGUCCGACCUCUUCUUCGAAAGCUCACCAACCUGAAAUCUACAACAUUACUGAUGAGUGAAGACCGAUCGGGUGUCCCAGCAAUACCAUUAAAUCGUUCCCGGAAACUCGGAAGUUUUAUUGGAGGAUCGGGAGUCUACUGGCAGGGGACGGGAAAGAACCAUCAAAGGCAUGCCGAGCGCAUGGAUCUGGAAGGUUCAGCUGGCAGUGAGACGGAACUGAACAACAUAAAUGGAAUAACACUCAUAGAACAUGUUAUAGUCUCGAGGGAGAGUAACAUUAACAGCAUACCUGGGCAGCCAGAGUAUACUGUUAAAGUUUGA